AUGGCUAAUUCCUCUCGGGUACCAUAUCGGGGUAAUGAAUGGUCCCAUAGAAGCUAUAGCUCGGGAGCUUGGUUUUGAUGGAGACCCUUUUCUUGAAGGUCUUGUGGUGAGCAUAUUCAUUGUCGGUGCAUUUAUUGGUAGUAUGACUUGUGGCUCACUCAUCAAUAGGCUUGGUUGUCGGCGCACUCUCCAGAUUGAUAUGGUCCCCUUAAUUGUUGGAGCGUUUUUAAGUGCUCAGGCUCAUUCCUUGGAUGAAAUAUUGUUGGGAAGAUUCCUUGUUGGUCUCGGCAUUGGAGUGAACACCGUACUUGUUCCGAUAUAUAUUUCUGAGGUUUCUCCGACAAGAUACAGAGGUUCUCUGGGAGCUCUCUGUCAAAUUGGGACAUGCUUAGGGAUAAUUACAUCCCUUUCUUUAGGACUUCCUUCUGAAAAUGAUCCACACUGGUGGAGAAUGAUGUUGUUUUUCGCAAGUUGCCCGGCUUUCAUUGUUAUGCUGGGCAUGCAAUUUGCCGUCGAGAGUCCACGGUGGCUCUGUAAGGUAGGAAGAAUAAAUGAUGCUAAACGAGUUAUUGGCAGUCUUUGGAGUGCCUCUGAUGUUCAGAAUUCUAUUGAGGGAAUUCAAUCAGUUAUUAAAAAUGAUAACAAUCAGGUCAGGCAGGGUUGGCUUGAACUCCUCAAGAAGCCUCAUAAUAAAGUUGCCUGCAUUGGAGGAUCUCUUUUCGUGCUUCAACAGUUUUCUGGAAUAAAUGGAGUUCUUUACUUCUCAUCCUUGACUUUUAAAGAUGUGGGCAUUACUGAUGGUGCUUUGGCAAGCUUAUUGGUUGGAAUUACAAACUUUGCAGGUGCUCUCUUUGCUUUGUAUCUGAUGGACAAACAAGGAAGAAAAAGGCUGCUAACGGGAAGCUACCUGGGAAUGGCAUGCUCAAUGUUUCUCAUAGUUUAUUCCAUAAUAUCUCCUAUUGAUGAAGGGGUAGGGCAUGUCCUUUCGGUGCUUGGAACUGUCACGUAUAUAUUUACAUUUGCCAUCGGUGCUGGACCAGUUACUGGUCUAAUUAUACCAGAGCUUAGUAGUUCACAGACACGUGCGGAAAUCAUGAGUUUCAGCUUCUCGGUACACUGGGUUUGCAACUUUCUGGUGGGCUUAUAUUUCCUGGAAUUGGUAAAAAGUUUCGGAGUUGCACCUGUAUAUGCUGCCUUUGGCAGCAUUUCUCUCUUAGCAGCAGUUUUUGCCAUGUGUUUCAUAGUGGAAACCAAAGGCCUCUCUCUUGAGGAGAUUGAGCUGUUCUUGAAAGGCAAAGGUGAAUGAUGAUAAACCAACAAAAACACGUCAAAUCUCAGGUGAAGUUUUGUUGGGCUCGCAGGCAAAAAUGCAGUUGCACACUUUUCAGUCGACAUGGUUACUUCCAUGUUUCUCUCAGAUUCCAUGUGGGUUGAAGAUUUGCUGAAAAGACAUACAACCUAUUAUGAAAAGAUUGGUCUGUCAUCUGCAAAAGGGAAGGGGGGAAAAUGUAGACAUCUUUACGAAAUCGUACAGGGGAGGGGAGUAAGGAGAUUGCAACAUGUGUUCACAUAAUCAGCAUCCAAAAUCAGUGCAAGUUGGUAAAAAUCAGUGCAAGCAGCUAAAAUUCAAAAUUUAGUGGAAUACUUGUUGUAAUAUUCACUGCCUGUAUGAUUUUUUGUAGGAGGUAUAUACUCCAUGGCCUUGUUUGUGCAUAGUGUUGUAUAUAGAAGGAAGAUGUCAGCUUGUCCUCUCCUUUUUGAUUAUUUAUUUUUUACUUUGUUGUAUCAAUACUUAGGUAGUUACACGCACACCGCAAACGUUAUGCGGUGCGAAAUGAAGGGUGGUUGCAACAUCGUAUUAUGAAAUGUAUUAUCAUUUGUAAAUCGUGAUAUCCGCGGACUUACUGGAAGCCUUUAGGUACUGAACAACAGUUUUGAAGAAAGAAAUGACAUGAUGCAUUUAAAUUUUUUUUUU